UGUUACAUAGUGCUUACAUAACACCCAGCAAAAAAUACUCUUCAAUUACCAGCAUUUACUCCGAAUAAAACAAACAGCCAAUAGGUAAACACCAAUAAAUUGUGACAUUUUUGUUCUUUUCGUCCUGCUGUAAAACAUGAGCUACCUUUUCCUGGCUAGACUAUCAGUACGCUGCCUGCCUUAGGCAUUCGACCUGUCCCAAACACCAGAAAGAACAGAUCCUGGAUGCUUUUCCAAAAGUUGCCGAACGAUCGUGCCGUCCUGCCGCUGCUGCUGUACAUUCAAGAGCGGCUUGGGUUUUGGGGUGAUCGUACCACCCGGGUACGCUAUCCGGUCGCUUUCGUGGCGUUCUGGAUUACCGUGGCCAUACCGAAGCUUGCGACGGACUACAGUGAUGUGGAAUCGUUCAUUUGAUCGAUGGCGGAGCUUGCUUUCGUGGGAAACGUUUUCUGCGGUGGGAUGGCGCUCUGGUCGGUGUACGAUGCCUUCAGACAGUUCAUCGAGCAAGUCAUCAGGUUGACGACAUACUGUAAGAUUGCCACAGUUUGCCAUUAUGUGUAGGCCAGUUUAUUGUUUAAUUCGGUUCACUUUAUUUCUCCAGUGAACAGAGACCAUCAUCCGCUACAGACUGUACCGGAGCAACUGUUGCAGUUUAACCGGCUAGUCCAUCGCCACAUCAACAGAUAUUGUUUCUUUAUCCUGAUUUUUAUUAUUUUCUAUCUUGUGGCACCAGUAAUAACCAGCUUCGUGGUAUACUUUCAAUCCUUAUGGCAAUCCUACCUCCUAGCAAAUGGCACUGUCCGUACCUGGAAUAUCUCUGAGGAAGUACCAUGCCGGCAAUUUUCCCUCCACAUGGAGCAAGAUUUCUACGGACUCCAGCAUCGUACCAACAUUCUACACUACACUGUGUACAUUGCAGUCAUAGUGCCGAUGAUGUUCGCAACGGCCUGUACCGUGCAAAUGAAGCUGUUGACAAUCGCAUCUUCUGUUCGGUACGCUGAAAUGCUCCUCCACGUUGUGAUGCUCAAAGUGGACAACCUGCACCGAAUGCCCAACCAGAAGACCGUCCGCGAAGAACUGCAUGACAUAAUCCAUGUACAUCAGCGGACGCUCAACUGCAUCACCCUGCUCGUGCAGGCUCUACGGCCCAUCCUAAUGAUUCAGCUCGUGUUUUGUGUCUUUAUCUGGUGUUUGAUGAUGCUUUUCUUUACCAUUGCGGUGAGUAUUAGCACAGUGCGCUGGGCAAACGUUAUAAUCACACAUUAACUUAUUUGAUUGUCUGCCCUUUUUCGCCAAGGAUAAGUUCAGCGUAGCGUUUUUGAAUCUUGCCAUACUGUUCCUCGUCAUCACGAUCGAAACGUUUAGCGCGUGUUAUUUUGGAACGCGUCUCUCUACCCAGGUAACGUUGUCCGUCACGUUA